CACGGACUCUCUUUGACAACAAAAUCGUUGCCGGCAAUUGAGCAGGCUCACGAUGGCUCUCCUCCGAUCGGCCGUGUGCAGGGCCUGCAGGCGAUCCCAGUUCCAGCUGCAACGAGGCUUUGCGACAGCGAGCUCUCAGCAGGCCACUGGCGGCAAUCGGGUGAAGCUCGUCGAGGUCGGACCGCGUGAUGGCCUGCAGAACGAGAAGACAAUCAUCCCGCUCUCCACGAAGAUCGAGCUGAUUGAGCGCCUCGCGAGGACGGGCGUUUCGACCAUUGAGGCCGGAUCUUUUGUUUCUCCCAAAUGGGUCCCUCAGAUGGCCAACUCGAGCGAGAUCAUGGAGCAUCUUCUUCAACAAAAGGUGCAGGCUCCCGUCCCAUUGACUUGGUCGUUCCUCGCCCCGAAUACGAAAGGCCUGCAGAACGCAGCCACCAUCCUCAAGCAGAAUCCCGGCACCUUCUCGAGCCAGCUAGACCCGAGCGACAAGCCAGCCCUCGAGGUGGCCGUCUUCGCGGCUGCGACCGAGAGCUUCUCGCAAAAGAACCUCAACUGCGACAUACAGACCUCUUUGGAGCGCUUCAAGGCUGUGAUACAGGACUCCAAGGCCCUCGGGCUGAGGGUGCGGGCCUACAUCUCCGUCGUCCUGGGCUGCCCGUUUGAGGGGUUCGAUGUCGACCCGCACAAGGUGGCCGAGAUCGCCACGGACCUGCUCGAGUCGGGCGCGGACGAGAUCUCGCUGGGCGACACGACAGGCAUGGGCACAGCGCCGCGGACCAGCGCGCUCCUCAAGUGCAUGUCGGCGGCGGGCAUCCGGAGCGAGGACAUCGCGAUGCAUUUCCACGACACGUACGGCCAGGCGCUGGUCAACACGGCGGUAUCGCUGGAGCACGGCAUCCGCACGUUUGACAGCAGCGUGGGCGGGUUGGGCGGCUGCCCGUACAGCCCGGGCGCGACGGGCAACGUGGCGACGGAGAACAUGGUGUACUUUAUGGAGACGCUGGGGAUGGAGACGGGCAUAGAUCUGGAUGCCAUGGCGGACAUUGGCGCGUGGAUCACGGGGGAGCUGGGCAAGGCAAACGACAGCUCGGUAGGCAAGGCGGUGCUCGGGGCGAGAGCCAGGGCAACUGCAGAGGCCACCAAGGCGUGAGGAGGAUGGACGGCGUUGGACGUCGACGCUCUGAUGCAUUGUCUUUGUACCAAGAUAUGUGUGACUCAAUCAGGUGUUGCUCCAUGUUUGAAAUCCAGCAAAAAUAUUCAGAAAAAUAAAUAAAUACAGUAACAUAUUCAGAG